AUGUUGCAUUCUCAUAGACCUCUUCCAAGUACAGAAGCAAACAAAGUACAUUUGCCUACUGGAAAUGUUGUGUCAAUGUCUCACACAGGCUGCACAUCUAUAUUAAGUAAUCAAGACCUCUUCAGUGGUCAGGUGAAGGGGAUUGGUAGAGAAGAACAUGGUCUGUACAUUCUACAUGGAGAUCAGAUGCCUACAUAUCUCUCUCAGAGAGUCCCUCAUUCCACAACAAUCUCAGAAGAAGAUUCUUCUAUGAUUCAUUCUAUUGUUGAUCACUUGCCAAAUGUCCCUCAAACUGCACAUGUACCUCCUCCACAAGUUGCUGAGCCUCCUACUGAACAAAGAAGGUCUUCUAGACCAAUCAAGCCACCUCUUUGGCUGCAAAACUAUGUCACUACUUCCAAAGGCUCUAACUGUCCAGCUUAUUCAGCUCUCUCAGAACCAACUUCCUUCAAAGAAGCUGCAUCCGAUCCUCAGUGGAUAGCAGCAAUGAAGUUGGAGAUUGCAGCACUUAAAGACAACCACACUUGGAGUGUUGUUGACUUGCCACCAGGGAAGACUCCCAUUGGAAGCAGGUGGUUUACAGAAUCAAAUACAAAGCCUCUGUGGGUGAUCUUUCAAAUGGAUGUCCACAAUGCCUUUCUAAAUAGAGAUCUCACUGAGGAAGUCUACAUGGAAUUGCCUGAGGGGUUUGCCAGACAUGGAAUUGAGUUUGCAAGGUCCAAAAGAGGGAUUCUUAUGUGCCAAAGAAAACAUGCAUUAGAGUUAAUUUCCGAGUCUGGUUUAAGUGGUGCAAAGCCAGCUGGAACACCACUAGAACUGAAUCAGAAGCUAACCUCAGUAGAGUAUGACAAUCACUUCAAGAGUGACAGUGUCCAAACAGAUGAAAAUCUUGACAAUCCUGGUGUUUAUCAAAGACUCGUUGGAAAGCUGCUAAAUCUUACUAUGACAAGACCUGAUAUUGCUUUUGUGGUUCAAGUUCUCGGUCAGUAUACGCAUUGUCCUAAGAGGUCUCACAUAGAAGCAGCACAGAGAGUUGUAAGGUACAUAAAAGAAGCUUCUGGCUUGGGCCUUUUCUUGCUUGCAGACUCUUCAGAUCAACUAAGUGCCUUUUGUGAUUCAGACUGA